AUGAACGCACACGGCGUCGAUGUACGAACCCCCAUCUUCUACUGUCACAGUUUUGCCAAUGCGCUAGAGGCGCAAUCAGGCAAAGUCUACGCUUGUCUUACCCACACCCCGCUUAUCGCGGAGCACCUGCCGCGUGGAGCGGUCAGUGGCGCGCUCAUCGAACAGUACGCUGCCGCCCAUCUCCACACCCUUGAGGACUUGGAGAAGUUGCUGCGCACCAUUCUGGACGAGACUUCCAGCUCAAAUGCGGGCCUGUAUCGCACUCCCGCCUCGACCUGCGAAGACGGGGGUGGAGAGCUCAAUACCAACAUCCUCUCUCAGCCAAGUGCCCUACUGCCGAGAGGCACCGCACCAGCAGAGGUUGGGGUGAGUGGAGAGGAAGCCGCUACAGUUGAUUCCCGACCACUUCGCGGAGACGCUGAUACGCGAAGAGUUCAGCCAUCGUAUCCAUGCGAAGGUGGCGAGUGCACUGCGGUGCAUGAGGCGCACACCUCGCCCUGCAAGCUGCCGCGGUCUGUCUCUUUCACUGCGGAUCCUUCCCGGACGGCGCCCUCAAUCGCAGCAGCGCGUUUCAACACGCCGGAGGGCUCGGCUGCGACCGGGGAUUCCGUCAGGGGAACCGCGCCACAACUCUGGGAACGACUGAGCAGGUGGGUGCGCCGUCUCCACAGGCGUGGGUCGCUGCUCUUUCUCAAGGAUAAGGUACUCUCAGCAGACGGGCAGGCACGACGCCCUGACUCCGUUCCUGCCGCUCCUCUUCCUCACUGGAAUUCAAGUAUCUCUGUUGGCGCUGUUGUGGCGAACUCGACUGUUGCGAGGGUUUGGCGCUCUCGCGUGCCGGAGUGGGUGCGUGCCGCCUUUGCACCUACGUCGACACUCGCUGCCACCCCCGUGUCGACAAGCAUCAGUGCCGCGCAGUCAGUGCGCUGGCUGCAUCCUCCGGUACCCGUCCACUCCGUCUCUCCAUGCGGGUCGGCCACUGUUUCUCAGCGAGUCGAGACACGUCAAAAAACUUCACCUGACGCGGUGGCCAUUACUCAGUCAUCUCGGCUGCUCAGCACCAGGGACCUGUACGACGGGAAUAAUACUGGUGAUGGCCGAGACCACCAAGAGGACUGCAAUGAUGGUGGCGCUGCCUCAUCGCAUCUCACGCAGAUGCCGCGCAAGUACACCCGCGGCCCCUCCCCCAUGGAAAGCGGUGCGGCGAGAAUGUCGCUGGGUAUUCAGUCCAUCCCGGAGGCGUUCACAUCGACUGCAUCCCACACAAACGUCUGCAAAAAAGCGAAUACUUCAACGGCAGAUGCGAGGUGGGAGCACCCGACCUAUUCACCAAGCAAGAUGAUGUCCAUGUCUCCAACGGCAACGUGCGGGGUAACAGAAAAUGGUACUAAUCCGCCGGUUUCUCCUCCACCUACGGCUGCUUCUCUGGGCGAUGUCCACGGCACAAGGCCAAACGACUCUGGUGUCAGAGGGGAGCACUUUGACGAGCGAGCACUGCUGCUUCAGCGGCACGACGGCGGAGGUAGCAGAGCUAGCGGAGGGGCGGUGGACACCUCCUCAGACCUCCGCAGCGCGAGGCACUCAAAUUCCUUCAACCACCCAUGGAAUGGUGCAGACGCGCAGGCGCCCCAGGUCCAGUCAUCGGCGACGUUUGCACUGAGGCGAUCAACAAGCGUGGCGAACUGCAGGGAUAAGCAUGCCUAUGCAGUGGAGCUGACCGGGUGGUUGCACUUGCUGGUGUGGGUGCGGUGGCAGGUGAUUCACUUCCUCCGUGACCUCUCAGGGGUGCAGAGCUUUGUGGCGUGGAGUGCGUGGUACUGGUCGUGGGCUCAGGAGCACCCGCGCCAAGCCGCCUUUCACCAGGCUCUCUCCUCCGCGUCCUUUUGGCGGGGCCUGUGGUCGCAUGGCCUGCACGCUAAGCUGAACCAUGUCCAGUACGAGAUCAGCAGGCAUAUGUUUACGCUGAAGAGCGUCUUUCAGCUUAUCGUGAGCUACAUCGGCGCAGCUUACAGGGCACUGGAGCAACUGAACACGCUCGUCAUGCAGGUGCAGCGCAGCUGCGAGGUGAUGAUGUCGCCCAUGGCAGCCGCUGUCUCAGCGCCGGUCGUACGCGCACCAGCCGCGGCGGUUGGAAGUAAUUUCACGGCGUCGCCGGUGCUGACGAACGACGCCAAUGCUCACCGUGGCGGAGGCGGUGGGGGCGAUGACUUCAACUCAAAUCCGAACAGCAUGUUCUGGAGUCCCGUCAUGGCCGGCAUGAGUGGUGGUGGCUCCCCGCUGGUGCACGGGCCUCGCAGCCGCGCGGGAUCUCCGCACAGAGCAAGCCAGAGCAGUUUUGUCGGUGCUGCAGCCCCGGCGACACCGUACACACAUCAUGGCCUGGACGACGAGUCUGAGCACAAGAGUGCUACCAGCAUAUUAGAAGAAGAGGCUGAGGCAGCCUCGCCGUUGCACGGUAUGGACGAGCUGCGUCGUGCAGUGUGGUCGAUGCUGCAAGAGCUGAAGGCAAUGCUUUGUCCUGAUGGGUUGCCGCUGGAUGUGCUGGGGGGGAGUGACCAGGUCCGCUUUCCUUGGAGUGGUGGCGGGGGCAUCGGCGGCGGCCCCUCUGUUGCUGGGCUGCCCACUGCCACCACUGCGCGACCUGAGGCACAAGGCGGUCUGCACCAGUCACGCGAGAACGCUCUGCUCGGAGUGUCUACACUUGGCGAAGCGGCCUCAGCAGCUCAUCCAAGUGGCCUACGGGUUCACUUUGCAGAGGGUGGUGCACCUGGUACUCACGGCGGCAGCGAGGUGAGUGGGGGCCGACAGGCGAGCGUUCGCGAAGGGGCGCGGGUGCUGCUGCAGUGCGUGCAGUGCUCCCGGCUGCUGCUGCGGCGCCUGACAGUGGUGGUGCAGCGCGCUCACAGCCCACCAGCGUCGCGGCACUGGAAGCGCAUCAUUGUUGCGACUGCCACAAUCGUUCCGCCGUUCAUAUGGGUGUACACCAAGUCACCAGCGGAGCUGGCGGCGAUUGCACGGCAGACAGUGAUGGUGGGACGGUGGAUGCUUCAAUCUUACGUGAUUGGUCCCGCGAAGCAGCUGCGCGAGUCCCUUUUCUACGUCCGCCCCGGUGUCGAGGACCGUCGAGGUGCAGUCGAGCGAGACGCCGUAUCGCUGGCGAAUGUCAUUCGCGAUUUUCAUGAAGACAUGUAUCCAAACAUGCCGCUGAAGCGCCUCGAAGAGCUGCGGCAGCGCACGUUCGAGCGACUACGGGCUGGAGUCGCGGACCCGGAUGGCAUGGGCCUGAUCGAUGAGCAGUACCGCCACUCUGUGCGCCACCCAAUCCGCAGUAUCCUGUUUGGCGACCUGCCACGAAUCAUGCUCAUCCAGCUGUCCUACCAGGCGCUGGAGGUGAGUCGCGUGGCCAACGGCAUUGACGAGGUGCUGGAGGGCAAUGACAUCAACUUCAAGAUUAUGGCAAUGAUGCCAGUCUUCCUGGCCGGCGGUCUGCUGGCUACAUGGAGCCUCCUUCGUUACCGCUCCAAGUACAAGCCCGUGCGCUUACGCAUGAAGCUCCUCUGGCGCUCGCUGUUCCGCGUCAUCAGUUUUGCUGACAACGGCCAGGGGCUUGUUCUACCAUAUCUGCGCAUCACUGCGCAGCAGCAUGGCACCCGUCACCAUACCGAUCCCACCGCGCUCGUCGUUGACGUACCGCAUGCGCAGACGAAUCUCGCCGUGGCGGUCGAUCACCCGCGUAGCAGGAGACUUCGGCGCCAUAUGCGUUCAGCUGUGGCAGCGGUAGGCACCAUAUUGGGCUCUUCGCUGCCGUCUCGAAAUGUAGAGCAGCUUGGCAGCGGGGGCAUGUGCGAUACGGACGCUACUGCCUUCAGCGAGUCAAGGAGCGAUUCGGAGAGCCCGUCCGACGAGUCGCGCAACGCCACUUGGGAUGCCGCGCCGGCACGUCAGCUCAAUAACUACGAGCAGGGCAUGGUGCUGCUCUUGUCGCAUGUGAUGCGUUGCAUGGCAGCCGAGUACCUCCGUUCGUACGCUUUUUUUCACGAGCUUAUGGAAGACUUGAAUGACCUGGAGAGCGUGCAGAGCACACGAUAUCAGCGACUCGAGACCCUGAAGCGCAUGCGAGCCACCCACACGUACUUCUUCUGA